AUGGUGCUGACGGCAGCAAGACUCGUGUGCACCAACCGCGAUCGCGUGAGCGAGUUGGCGCACGUAUGGGGAGCGAUGGACCAGUUCCUCGACUACUCGAACGGGUGGACAUUAGAGCGCGCGGCAGCCAAGGGAUUUAAAUUCCUGGUGCAGCGUUUGGCACUGAAGGUCAGCGCGGGAUCUCCCAACCCCAACAACAAGUUGCUGGUCAUGGACUUUGCAGCUGGCAACGGCCACUUGGACAUUCUCAAGUGGCUACAUAAUACUGAGCCACUCAACGGCUGCUCGACACGUGCCAUGGAUGACGCGGCCAAGAACGGGCACUAUGAAGUCGUCCAGUGGCUGCAUGUGAACCGGAGCGAAGGCUGCACAUCUAAAGCCAUGGACUACGCGGCUUGCAACGGCCAUUUGUCGAUGGUCCAGUGGCUUCACGAGCAUCGUACGGAGGGUAUGACCACUCGCGCGAUGGAUUUAGCGGCACAAAGUGGUCACCUGCAUGUGCUGCAAUGGCUCCAGGACAACCGCUCAGCAGGAUGCACUCCCAGUGCUGUAAAUUAUGCAGCUACGGAAGGACACCUGCACAUUGUGCGCUGGCUGUGCGACAUUCGCAAAGAAAUGUGCUCGCCGAGCGCUAUGAUAAACGCUGCGCGGCGUGGCCACUUGUCCAUUAUCAAGUACCUGAGUGCGCGGUUCCACACGUUGUUUGCAAGCGUCGGUUCUAAGAUGGUGCUCGUUGCUAUUGCAAAUGGCCAAGCAGCUGUUCUAGUGUGGCUUACGAGCGUGCUUCCAGUCAAGUCACUCAAGUGUGAAGAGGAUGCGGAGUCUUGGAUGGAUGUUGCAUCCACGUACGGCCAGGUAGAUAUACUCAAGUGGUUCCACGACCACGCGGCAGUGCUGUCAACGGGAGUUGACAAGCGUACGACUUGUACUGCAGCAGCUGUUACCAAUGCAGCUCGCAGCGGACACUAUGACGUGCUUGUUUACCUGCAUGCAAACGACCUGAUGAAUCUCACCGACGAGUCCGAUGCUACAGACGCGCUGGUUGCUGCUGUCGAAGGUGGCCACCACGACUGCACUGAGUGGCUGGUGGCGCAAUUUCGCACAGUUUAUGAGAAAGACCCGUGUACGAUGACAACAGUGAUGGAUGCUGGUGCUGCCAGCGGUCAUGUGGGCAUCCUUCAGUUGCUACGUGACAAUCCAAGUACGAGCAAGUGGCAGACUAGCUCCAAAGCGAUCGACAGAGCAGCUCGCUAUGGCUUUAUCGACGUGUUGCGUUGGCUGCACGUCAACUGCAGCACUCAAGGCGAGGAGAAUUCGAGUCCUCAGAAAGAACCAAAUCAAACCGACUCACAUUGGACGCCUAUCGCACUGGAGCUGGCUGUCACGAACGGACAUCUCCAAGUGGUUCAGUACCUAAUCGAGCACCAUCGCUUCGUUUGCAGCGGCUUUGAGGCGUUUAAUGCUGCAUGUUACAUGGACCACUUAGAGGUUGCCCAGUAUCUUUACAGCAACGUACGCAGCUUGUGCUCCGUGAAGCAAGCGCUGGAACAAGCGGAUGAAGGUGGGGCGGAAGAUACACUUACUUGGCUCCAGGGUCUUCUCAUUUGA